CGCCAACAAUCGAGACCGUGUGUGCGGGCAUCUGUCUAUAAUUUGUCUAUAUACAACAACGACAACAACAACAACAACAGUAGCAGCAGCGACAAAGACAAAGACUUCACGAAGAUCAGGAUCGACUUCACUCAGCCCUGAGCCGCAGCAUCUCAGCUCCCAACCCCACCGCCUCUGCUCUCCAUCACCACACCCAUCACCACUCCUCUACUUCUCUCAUGACCUCAACAGCCUCCCGCUCGCCCGCGAGCUCGGACGUCCACGCGUCGCGGCGACGACACCCGCCGCUCUACUUCACGCUCAUCCACGACACCACCGCCGCGCCCGCAGACCUGAUCCUCGACGAAGCCGAGCUGGCAACACAGUCGACCCGCAUGCGCACAGCGACGCGGAUGCAUCAUCCGCGACUCCACUAUCUUUUCUCAGACGACCCUGAUGAUCCGGAAUACCCCUCGCCGCUCGCAUCGGCUACUCAGCACCAGCAGCAACAGCAGAAGCAGCAGCGGGUGCUGAUUGUCGAUUUCGCGGACGACGCGCAGAGUAUCCUGCGCACUACCUCGCUCUCGCCAGAAUGGCAAGUGACAAACACAAGCACCUCCGCGCUCGCAAUGCGGUCUUCCUCCUCCACCGCGCCGUAUCGCUCUUCAACCCCUACUACUGCUGCUGCUGCUGCUGCUGCCGCGGAUAUAGGCAAGAUGCUGACGAUCGAGGGCGUCGGUGCCAGCGCGGAGAAUUUCGAGGUGCUUAGCAACGUCGUGAAGAAGAAGAAGAUGCAGGCGAGUACGGCGGUCCCUGCCGAGACGGAUUUGGGGAACGCGUUUAUGUAUGCCGAUUUGUUUAACCAGACAAACCAACGUCUCGAGUCACUAAUCCAACAAUCCCCACCCUCGCUCUACACCGACACCCUCGCCCGUCUCAAAACCGAACUAAACCACCUCUCGGACGUUACCCACCCCACCGACAACAGCGCAAAUUCACUACACGAAAACCUGGCAAACACAGCUCGCAUGCGCGAGUCACUCGCCGCUUUACGCAAGCACUCGCAGUCGCAGUCCGCUUCUUCUUCGUUGCAGGGGGGUGCGUAUCGCGAGGCUGCGGAGGAGGAGAGUGAGCAGAGUGAGCAGAGUGAGGAAAGUGAAAGUGAAGAGAGCGAGGAGGAGCAGAGUGAGCAUAGUGAAGAGGAAGACGAUGACCAGCCUAUGUUUGCGACAGAAAUACCCCCGACGUCGAUUCACCCUUCCCCUUCUCCCUCCGCCUCCCCUGCCAACGACAACACUCACGACAUACAGAAAGACACACUCGCUGCCUCGGUCGCAGAUUUAAAUCUCACACCGGACGAUGCUCAACCACAUCCUACCACAUCCACCGCCCACGAAGACGACGUGCACUCAUCCCAAUCUUCUCACGAAGACCUAGUCCCUCGCUCAUAGACCUCUCCUUCCGCUAUAGAGACUACAACACUUAUAACAUUCUCGGU